GCAGGAAGAAGUCAUGAGAACCCUGCAGAGUCCUGCUGCUGUAAUUCUGGACUGCAAAUCCCAGAGACCUCAGGGGCAGUAGGGAGAGGAAGUGAACACACAGCCAGAUAGCCUGCUCUAGCUGCCCCCACCUUCUGGUCUGAGCUACUGCAGGCAUGUGGCUGCAUUUCCUGAAUGAAAGAAGAAGGAGAUAGCUUAAGGAAAGCUAUGGAAGAACUGUAUCUGCAGAUUUUCUAUCAGAUUUAUUUUAGUGGUGAUCCUGACUCUCACCUGCCAUGCCUCUAUGGAAAUGUUUUUUUUCUUUUAUCGGGAGGGAUGGGGCCACAGGAGGACUUGAGGACACCUCCCAACCAAGACAGGUGAUGUGGACAAGGAGUACCCACGGCCGGGGUGAGGGUGAUUAAUGACAUACCUUGAUGUGAUGGAAGAAUGAAAAGUUAAUUCCCCAAUGAGAGCUGUUAUCAGAAGACACCCAGUCAAGCCAGUAAAAGUGAAUUCAUUUUAAUUGGUGGAGUUGGGCCCUUCCUCCCCAGCAUGAUCUCUCUUCCCAUGGACCACCCAGCUACAAAAAUGGGGAAUUUUCCAUGGCAAAGUGCAACGCUUAGUAUAAUUAUUAUAGCUGCUGUCCACACAGAAGCCAAGACCACACAGAAGCCACAUGCAAAGUUUACUAAGAUAAAGGUUCCUGAAGUGGAGGUCACUGAAGGAUUUGACACAUCCAUUGUCCCACCCACCGGUGAAAGCUCCUUUCCAGAAAUCUCAGAAAUGAGUGAAAUGACAACAGAUUUGUCCACUCUGCACCCUGCCUUCAGGACAGCCACCACUCUGUUUCCUUUUGAAAACUUUACUCUUGACACAGCUGAUUUCUUCUUUAAUUGCUGUGAUUGCUGUACCCCUGCAUCGGGUCAGAAAGGGGAACCAGGAGACCAUGGACUGCCAGGUCCUAAAGGAGAGACAGGGGAUACAGGCCUUCAAGGUUUACCAGGAAUUCCAGGAUUUCAAGGUCCAAAAGGCUUCAAAGGAGAAAAGGGAGAUAAAGGAGAACAUGGUGACCAAGGAACAAAUGGAAUUCCAGGGUAUCCAGGCAAACCAGGAGAACCAGGUGAAACUGGAGCUAAAGGUGAUAAAGGAAACCAUGGCCUUCCUGGCAUUAAAGGACAAAAAGGAGUAAAAGGGGACACUUGUGAUAAUGGGACCAAAGGAGAGAAGGGAGAUAAGGGAGAGUUGGGGUUACCAGGGUUAGAUGGGGAAAAUGGAGAUAAAGGAGAAAAGGGAGAUAUGGGUGAAAAGGGGCAUUGUGGAGAGCCAGGGGAGAGAGGGGAAAAGGGGGAAGUUGGAAUGAAAGGUGAAAAGGGCAGCAAAGGAGAUAUUGGAGUUGAGGGUAUUCAUGGUACAGAUGGGAAACAAGGAGAAAAGGGUGCACCUGGCAGUAAGGGUGAAAAAGGGGACUUGGGGCCAGUUGGUAUGAUGGGACCUCUUGGGCCAAAAGGAAUUCCUGGGAGCAAAGGAGCCCGGGGAGCUCUUGGAAAGAAAGGUGCCAGAGGUGUCAAAGGUUCCAAGGGUGACAAUUCAAAAGUCCCAAGAUCAGCUUUCAGUGCUAGCUUGUCAAAGCCUUUCCCACCCCCAAACACACCCAUUAAAUUUGACAAGAUUUUGUACAAUGACCAGGAAGAUUAUAAUUCUUCCACAGGGAAGUUCAACUGCAGCAUUCCUGGAGCAUAUGUCUUCACUUACCACCUGACAGUCAGAGGUCGGCCCGCUCGAAUAAGCCUUGUGGCACAAAAUAAGAAGAUGGUCAAAACUCGGGAAACCUUGUAUGGUCAAGAAAUAGAUCAGGCAUCUUUCUUGAUUAUUUUGAAAUUAAAUGCAGGGGAUCAGGUUUGGUUGGAAGUAGCACGGGAUUGGAAUGGGGUUUAUGUCAGCGCUGAGGAUGACAGCAUAUUUACAGGCUUUCUUUUGUACCCAGAUGAUGUUUUUGAGACUCUAGUAUAAACCUAUGGUGUUGAACACAUUUUCAAGAGACAUUUCUUUAACUCUGACUGUCAAAAAAAGAGAGAGGAAGUGUCACUUUAGUAAAUUAGAUUUCAUAAUCUUUUUAUAAAAAUAAUUUAUUUGUAAUAAACUGAUUAAUUUUAACUAAACAGACCCAAGAGGUGGAGCCUGCUUCUCUGCAUGUGCUUAAUAGCUAUGAUCAUGCAUAGAAAUAUUACUCUAGUGCAUACAGGCAGGGGUCUUCACAGUCCUGCUAGAGAACUGACUUAUUAAAAUUACACAUUGAAAUUCAUGGUGUUAGUUUAUUCAGAUCAAGCCAAAUGUUGCAGUCCUUACACAGUCAAAACUUGUGUGGGAGUCACCAUUGAAGAUAUUGAAUUUUGGGGUUUUAGAUAAGGAUUGUAGCGUUUGACUCAUAAAGAUUAAUCAGAUACAAUUGCAAGUAGCAGGUUUCUCCAAAUCAUAUUAAUAGAUUUAAAAAUGUUUGCUCACCAAACCAGACUUAUGUAGUACUUUCUACCUGGUAAUGCAUGAAAUAAAUGUUUGACAUAGGCUUUUACACUGAUUGAACAAUGUUGAUAUAAUAUAUCUGUUCAAAUUACUAUUGUACUUAU